GUUCCGGGGUGCCAUUCACUCCCCAAAAAGUACUUAAACCGAGCGCCGAUAGCGCGCAUGCGCAACGCGCCACUAGAGCGCUUCUGUGCAUGCACGAACUGCGCAGAUCGCUUCUGCGCAUGUGCGUGUCACAGAACCUGGAAGUAAACACUUCCAGGUCCGCGGAGUACUUAAACUGAAAGUACUCAAACCAGAGCGUUCUCAAACCGAGGUAUGACUGUACAGUCAAAGCAACAUACGGUAAUUAGCAGAAAACUGAAAUAUCAUCUUAAAGAUUUCAAAAUAAAACAUUACAAAGAAGGUCAACUACAGAAUACAUAUUUAACAUAAACAAAGUUAACAAAAAAAAAAGCUUAAACAUUUCCCCCAUGUUUUAAGCUGUCUCUACACUGUAAAUAAAUAGCACAAUAAACGUCUUUAAAGACAAACUGGACUCAAGAGGAGUUACUCUAGAGUGGCCACGACGACCCUCUGACAGUUGGCCUUGUUGGGCAUCGGAAUCCUGUGACCUCUACAGAUUCCCCCUCUCCAUGCUGUAGAACUGCAGAAUUCCUCUGAAUUAUUUUCACCUGACAAAGUGGUCUUUGCAGUGAUGGCUUAAGGCAGAGUUCUGUUCAGUUAGCUUUGCAGCUUGAGGGGUAAGAGUUAAAUGUUUCUGCCCUUAGAUGUGAAGCUUCUUCAACCCUGGAGAAUUCUGAGCAUCCUUGAGAGAGAGGGCUGCACACCUGCUAUGGAUGGGUGUGAGUGGCAGAAGGAGGCCUCGGCCUCCUGCGCAGAAGGUUACUAUCCCGUGAGGAAAGGAGAGGUGUUCAAUGGAAGGUACCACGUAGCGCAGAAUCUCGGGUGCGGCUACUUCUCAACGGUCUGGCUUUGCCAAGACUUGGGGAAGAAGAGGUGUGUGGCUGUCAAGGUGCCCAAGGGCGGGGAGGAUUUUGCUGAGGCAGCCCUGGAUGAAGUCAUGCUCCUUCGCUGCGUGAACAGCAAGAGGAGGAGAGACCAAGCCAGCGACCAUGUCAUCCACUUCCUGGACGAUUUCAAAAUGAUUGGAGACAAUGGCUUCCAUGUGUGCUUAGUGUUUGAGCUGCUGGGGCCUUCUCUGCAGUCUCUGCUGAGCAGCCAAGGAGUCCAGGGCCUCCCGUUGCCCUUUGUGAAGAAAGCAACGCAACAGGUUCUCCAAGGCUUGCAUUUCUUGCACAAGGAGUGUCGCAUCAUCCAUGCAGACAUCAAACCGGAGAACAUCCUGCUCUGCGUCGCGGAAGGGAGCCUGCAGACGCUUCUCCACAAGGUGGCUUUCCAGGAACACGGCACAGGAGCCGAGCCCAAGAGGCCAGGGGAGGACGUGGCUGCUGUCCUGGAUUGCUGCAACCUCAUGGAAUUGGGAGUGAAAAUUGCGGACCUGGGAAGUGCCUGCUGGACGUACAAGCCCUUCUCCAAGAAGAUCCAGACCCAGCCUUACAGAGCCUUGGAGGUCCUCCUCGGAUUAGAUUACGGCACCCCAGCGGAUAUCUGGAGCACAGCGUGCCUGGUUUUUGAACUGGCCACUGGAGACCGUCUCUUUGAUCCCCAGGCUGGGCAAUAUUUUUCCAGGGAUGAUGAUCACGUGGCUCGGAUCAUCGAACUCCUGGGCAGAAUCCCACCCAAAGUUGCUUUGUUCUGGAAGCGGGCAACAACAUUUUUCAACAGACAAGGUGCUCUCCUUCGGAUGUCCUGGCUCUCUCCCUAUGGCCUCUACCAUAUCCUCACGGAUAAAUACAGCUGGCCCAAGCACCAGGCAUCUCCGCUUGCCAGUUUUCUCCUGCCUAUGCUGGAAUAUGCCCCAGAAAGGAGGGCAGCAGCUGACAAAUGCCUUCAGCAUCCUUGGCUCAAUACCUAGUGCAGGCUUGGUCUGAUCCUGCUGCUCUCUCUGCCAGGGUGGUUUAGAAGUAGGAUACACUCACAAAGGAAUCUUAGGGGCACACUAGGCAUGAAUUAAAUUAAAGUGCAUGUGGGUUUUUUUGUUUGUUAUGUAAGCAAGCAGGGGUGUCGUGGGCAAGGGAACACAGGGGAGUACAGAUCUGGGAUUUUUCUCGGAGUGAGAGCGAUGACCUCAUCUACAGGAGAGGCGGGGUUACUGCUCUGGAAAGUGAAUGAGGUGAUAAUGAGGCUUUCAAGUUUCACUGUAGCACAGGGGAAGUCAGAAGUUGAUAGCAGCUGAUAUAAUGGAUUGAUACCUGCUUUUUUCUUUAAAAACAACAACAACAACUCCUUGGGGUGUGGCUGUCUAGGGGCUGUCACAAUGAGCUACUGAACUUCAACAGCCCCGGCCUCAAAGACGCCUAAGCAGCCUGGGACCUUACGGGGUGCAGAGAGGUAGUUCAGUUAUUUCACUCCCUGCUAAACUGAACACAAAACAACUCUCCGGAGCUGCUACAGUGGUACCUCACAAGACGAAUGCCCUGCAAGAUGAAUUUUUCGCAAUACGAAUGCGUCUUGCGAUCUGAUGGUGACUCGCAAGACGAAUUCGUCUUGCGAAAAAUUCGUCUUGCAAAUUGCAGUUUCCCAUAGGAAUGCA